CUGCUCGACGCUGAUGAUUCACUUAUACUUUCGUAGUAGAAAAUUUCUUCCCUGCUCCGCACCUCUCUUUCCGGUCCGUGAGAUACGUGUGUGAGCAGCUGCAAAAUGAAGCAGAUUGUCACGAAUCAAACGGUUAAAAUCCCAGAGGGAUUAACUGUUUCCGUCAAAUCGAGAACUGUUACGGUAAAGGGACCUAGAGGAGUUUUGAAGCGUUCAUUUAAGCACUUGGCUCUUGAUAUUCGUAUGGUUCAUUCUAGGUUAUUAAAAGUUGAAAAAUGGUUUGGGACAAAAAAAGAACUAGCAGCUGUACGUACCGUAUGUUCACAUAUUGAAAAUAUGUUGAAAGGAGUAACGAAAGGAUAUCAGUACAAAAUGAGAGCCGUGUAUGCUCACUUUCCCAUCAAUUGCGUAACCACGGAAGGUAACACGGUCAUUGAGAUCCGUAACUUUUUAGGAGAAAAAUUUAUUAGGCGUGUUAAAAUGGCACCUGGUGUCACAGUUGUCAAUUCACAAAAACAAAAGGAUGAACUUAUUUUGGAAGGAAACUCGCUGGAAGAUGUUUCAAGAUCAGCUGCAUUGAUACAACAAUCUACAACUGUUAAAAAUAAGGAUAUCAGAAAGUUCUUAGAUGGCUUGUAUGUGUCUGAAAAAACGACAGUUGUUCAAGAUGAAGAAUAAAUACAUUUUUAUGAAUAAUAAAUGAAGUCUCUCUCUC